AUGGCACAGAGUGGAAUCACUUCUGGCACAAUGCUGCUUGACGAACGAUCCUCAAAGAAAGUAGCAUUCAAAGCCGGCCUUACGUCACAAGGACCUGCAAUGCAGGUCAGAAUCAUGCUUCAACAGCAAAAAGUCUUGGAGGAAUGGCAAUCGACGGUUUUUGAUAAAGUGUUUGCAGGGAGGUGGGUAGAUACACUUGAGGCAAACAUUGGUGAAGCACUCCGACUUGGAGAGCAGAUGUGGAAAGAAGGUAAAGGUGAAUCCGAGACCCAACGUACCUUUGAGCACCAAGCUAUGAGCUCCCCCAGCCCAGUGAGGAGUCACAUUCCUCUCAAUAUUCAACCUCUCUCACUCAGUCACGAGCUGUUCAACGAGCUUCUCGUCGCUCAACUCCAUACAGUCGUCCGUCAACAAUUAUGUCCCAAACAACACGUUUCUCUGCAACACAGUCUUCCACGUCUCAUUUCUCCGUUGAUCAACUCACAAGGAUCAAAACUGGCCUUGCUAAUGAGAAUCAAGCGGUCACGAGGUACGUAUACAGAGCCUAUCAAUAAUCUCUUCGCUGGAUUCCAUGUCUCAAGCCUUCCAGCACCCAAUAAGGACAUACUCAGUCGUAUGGCCAGUGCGGUCUCACAGGGAGAUAGUGUUGUUUUUGAAGACAUUGAGUUCAUCAAGACCGACUUCCAGCGUAAAAAGGAUGGGACUUUCAUCGUGGUGCAGAGCAAAACACUCAACGGAUUGAUUGCAAACAAAGCGUUUGACGAAGGAAGUCAUAAGCAGGCUUUUGAGUUUUGUUACAAUGACUUUGAGCUAGUCGCAAAGAAGCACUUCCGCUUUGAUCAUCGAGCUUGGCAGUUGGCAACAAUGACCGAGAACACGAACCACCAGCUCCUUGAAAUGGAGUGCAAGAAAGCAAUCCUUAUUGCGUCAUACCUCAAAGCCUUCUCCGAAAAACUUGUGGAAACAUAUGACAUGCUACCAGUUCCAACACUCAUAUACACACCAUGCUUCCUGAUGACUUCACCUACCAAGAAAUCGUAUAUGGUUGAACCUGAUCUCCGAUCCAUUGGCAAGUACAUCAAGAUCAACAAUACCGAUGAAUUCAUCAUGCCUGAUGAAGCAACCAUCGAGAAGAGUGAUGUACACCUCUACCGUUUCAUGCACGCCUUCAUCCAUUUUGUCUUCCACAUGUCUGCUAGUAGUGGAAAGUCAAUCAAGGCUCAGGAAGAAGCAAUGGUUGUUCUUGCAGAUAUCCAAGGUUUUCGAACUAAACCUUCUGGACAGAGAAAAAACGGAAAGCGUGACUAUGGGGAGUUCCAUCUGUUUGAUGUUGUGACACACACUGCUCGUGGUGAUUCAAGCAUGGGUGAUGGAGGGGCAGGGAUGCUAAACCUCUUCAUUAAUGACCACAUUUGUGGGGACGCCUGUAUACAGCUUGGUUUGAAGACUGCCAAAGGGCAUCCAAAGUCCUUCCCCAAUCCCUUUCGCAUCAUCUCCCUUCGUGUGUUUCCUUGGUGGCUCACUCAGGCAAAUGAUGAACAGCUUCUAAAAGAGCGAGCUCAACAGAAAGCUGCUGAGGAACGUCUUGCUUUGGAAACAGAGAAAGAGACAGAGACAGAGACCUCAAACCAAGGCUUGGAGGAGCCUCUCGAUGGAAAUGGAGACGCAACUUGA